GCACAUGCACAUGAGGGAGGCGUGUCUCUCGUAUCUGUUGCCCCGCCCCGUCUCCUCCCGCAGGCUAUGCUGAAUAAUACCGGAGCUCUGGGGUCUCCGACGCUCAGAUUUGAGGAAAACACAGACAAUAUGGAAUAAGAUGCUCUUUGAAACAAUACAGAUGACUGACAGGACAUGGCGUUACUCUGUCGUCAUGGCGAUGGUCUCUUUAGCCUGGCUCCUCCCAGUCAUCGCUACUGCCACGCCCUUCCCCAGCGAUCUGCAGCCAAUCGGUGUGCUGCGUCUGGAAGACUCGCACCGGUAUCCCAGUUUUCAGGGUCUGAUGUUUAACAAUGGCACGGAGCGUCUGGGUCUGGACUAUCAGCGCAUGAUCCGGAUCCAGCAUAUGCUGUACAUCGCUGCCAGAGACCAUGUAUUUGUUGUGAAUCUCACGUCUGCAGUCGAUAAAAUCAUCCCACAGCAGAUACUGACGUGGAGGUCUACAGACGUGUCAAAGUGCGCCGUGAGAGGAAGAAACAGCGAUGAAUGCUAUAAUUACAUCAAGGUUCUUGUGCCUCGUAACGACGAGACUCUGUUUGCGUGUGGAACGAAUGCGCUGAACCCGGCCUGCAGAAACUACAGAUUGAGUUCGCUGGAGCAGGUCGGUCAGGAGCUGCUGGGUCAGGCCCGAUGUCCAUUCGAGUCUCGCCAGUCCAACGUAGGAGUGUUUGCAGGUGGUCAUUUCUAUUCGGCCACAGUGACGGACUUCCAGGCGAGUGACGCUGUGAUCUACAGGAGUUUGGGUGGAGAGGGGCGACCCGUCCUGCGGACCGUCAAAUACGACUCCAAAUGGCUCAGAGAGCCUCACUUCCUGCAUGCUGUCGAAUACGGCAACUACGUGUAUUUCUUCUUCAGUGAGAUCGCAGUGGAGCACACCGGCGCUGGGAAGGUGGUGUAUUCGCGCGUGGCGCGCGUGUGUAAGAACGACAGCGGCGGCUCCACGCGGGUGUUGGAUCGCCACUGGACGUCAUUUCUGAAGGCGCGCCUGAACUGCUCGGUUCCUGGAGACACGUUCUUCUACUUCGAUGUGCUGCAGUCGCUCACCAACGUGCUGCAGAUCAACCAGCGGCCCGCUGUGGUGGGAGUCUUCACCACACAGAUCAACAGCAUUCCCGGCUCAGCGGUGUGCGGGUUUUAUUUGGAUGACAUUGAGCGAGUGUUUAAUGGGAAAUUUAAGGAGCAGAAGAACAGUGAUUCGAUGUGGACGCCUGUGCCUGAGGAACACGUGCCCAAACCACGUCCAGGUUCAUGUGCAGGUGAAGGUUCAGCGUCCUCCUACUCGUCUUCUGUUCAGUUUCCAGACUCUGUGCUUUCAUUUAUUAAGACACAUCCACUGAUGGACGAGUCUGUGCCGUCAAUCAACAGCCAACCACUGAUCACCAGCACUGCUAGCAGGUAUAAGCUGACUCAGAUUGUAGUGGAUACGGCGGCUGGGCCUCAUAAGAACCGCAGCGUUGUGUUUCUGGGCUCUGAAGACGGACGGGUCCUGAAGAUCCUGACAGGCACUCAAGCCAACAGCUCACGCAGCUCCAGACUACUGGAGGACCUCCACGUCUUCAGCCCCACACAGUGUAGCGGAGAGCGCACUGUGUUGGGUCUGGAGCUGGAUAAGGAGCAUCACGCUCUGUUUGUGGCAUUUUCCAGCUGCAUUAUCAGAGUUCCUCUCAGCCGCUGCGCUCGACACACCACCUGCAAGAGACGCUGUCUCCACACGCAUGACCCAUACUGCAUCUGGCUGCGGACGGGACGCUGUGCUGACGUGGCUCCAGGGUUCAAGUCGGGGUUUGAGCAGGACAUUGACGGUGACCAAUCACAUUCAUUUGACACAUGCACAGAUGUGAUGUCAGCAGCAGGAAGUGAUGUGAACUCAGCUGUGGAUUCAGCCUCUGGUGUGAAGCAGCUCCCUGACGCGCCGGGUCACUACACUCUUCUGGGCUCGUGUGUGUUGGUGGCGUUCGUGUUGGGCGCCGUCGUGUCAGGUUUGCUGGUGUCCUGUUACUGCGGUCAGAGAUCCCACCAAUCACAGGAGCCCGAGGCGUCGCUCUCGCUCAACAGCCUCGCCACACUCAGCCGCCUCACAGACACCAAACCAGACAAGAACGACCUCCCGUCCUCUCAGACCUACAGCGCCGUUAAACCACACGCCACUGAGGAGGAGGAGCUCAUCUCGAACCUGCCCACUCCUGAUUCGACCCCGGAGCUGCCAAUCAAGAACUUAAAGGCUCUAAACAGCCAAUGGGAGAGAAGCCACACCCACAGCUUCACCCUGCAGGUGUUUCCCACCAAUCAGACGCUUCCCAGCGCAAACAUGCCCUCAGAGAGCCACGAUGAGGAUGCGUUUAAACACAUGCAGAAUCUUGAUCUUGUGAGUUCAUCCAUACACAUGCCAACAUCGUAUUACAGCUGCCUAAAAGACAUGCCUGAAACCUCAGCGUUUCCGCUACAAACGCUUUCUGAGCGGCCAGACUGCAGCACAAGCUCCUCACAGCACCACAUGCUUAUAAAGAUGCUCACAAACGCCCGCCAGCACAGCUUCAACCAGAAAUCAGCGCAACCGGGAAACAUCUACGAGCUUCACAGGCCUUUAAUCGCAGGCG